AAUUUACAUUUUUAGUUUACUAAUCAAAUUUCAUAUUUAAAUGUCACUUGACAGCAAAUAUUCGUAUAUUUAAUUAAAAUCAUGUGAUAUUAAUAUUUUUUUUAAUUUUUAAAUCAAAAUUAAUAUAAAUUAAAUAAUCUUUUUAAAAUGGGCGCAAAAGUUACAAAAGAUGAUUUUGAAUGGUCUUACACAGAUGAACCACAUGCUAGCCGGCGAAAAGAAAUUUUAGCGAAAUAUCCACAAAUUAAAAAACUAUUUGGAUAUGAUCCAAAUUUUAAAUGGGUGGUGAUGGGUAUGGUUUUCACACAAAUUGUUAUGAUGUUCGUAAUAAAGGAUCAACCAUGGCCAAUUUUAUUACUAACGGCAUAUUGUUUUGGAGGCGUUAUAAAUCAUUCCUUGAUGUUAGCGGUACAUGAAAUAUCCCACAAUUUGGCAUUUGGACAUGGCAGACCAAUGCAUAAUCGAUUGUUUGGUUUUUUUGCAAAUUUACCAAUUGGAUUGCCAAUGUCAAUUAGUUUUCGAAAAUAUCAUUUGGAACAUCAUCGAUAUCAAGGCGAUGAAGUGUUAGAUACUGACUUGCCGACUUUAUUUGAAGCACGAUUAUUUUGCACAACAUUUGGAAAAUUUUGUUGGGUUAUUUUACAACCACUGUUUUAUAUAUUUCGUCCAUUAGUAACCUAUCCAAAGGCUCCUACAAAUUUAGAAUACAUUAAUGCAGUUAUUCAAUUGACAUUUGAUGCAAUUGUCUGGUACUAUUUAGGUGGUCGUGUUAUUGUUUAUUUACUUGCUGGUUCUUUGUUGGCAAUGGGCUUACAUCCAGUUGCAGGCCAUUUUAUUUCAGAACAUUACAUGUUUAAAAAAGGAUAUGAAACAUACAGCUAUUAUGGUCCUUUAAAUUUUAUUACCUUUAAUGUAGGAUAUCAUAAUGAGCAUCACGAUUUUCCAGCAGUUCCUGGUUCCAGACUCCCCGAAGUAAAACGUAUAGCGGCCGAAUAUUAUGACAACUUACCCCAACAUCAUUCAUGGACGGGGGUUCUUUAUGACUUCAUAACAGAUCCAGACAUUGGUCCUUAUGCGAGGAUUAAAAGAAAACAUCGUGGAUUACGAACUUAACAUACAAAUAAACCUUAUUAUUUAUGCGAAAUAGUAACUUUUGGACAACAUUUAUACAAUUUAUUAGCCAAUUUAUUUUUUAAUAUAUCUGAUUUUUAUAAAUUUAAAAAAUAUGAGAUAUUAUCAGAAGGUGGACGUAGAGGAUGUGUCUAACAUCAUGACCAUUACAAUCAUAUUGAAUGUGGUUGCGCAAGGACACUCUAGAUGUCUGUCGUUCGCGAGUAGUUAAU